AUGGAGGUACCUUCGAACCUCCCCCAGCCUCUGGACGGCCAUGUUCAAGGCGAGAUGGCCAUCCGUCCUCGUGCAGACGAUAGCAAUGAAGUUGUGUCGACGUCGAAUCCCCCGUCCCUUCCGGGCACCUCGUCGCAGGCCCCGCAGAAGCUGCAACUGGCUUCCCGUAGCAGCCAUAUGGGUAGAAAACAACUCAUCUCUAACGCCAAAGUCGCCAUUCCUCGACAGCGAACCUCAUCAACCAAUCCUCGAUAUCCUCGUCGUGUGCCUUUGGCGUGUGAGACAUGUAGGCAGCGGAAGACAAAGUGCAGUGGCGACACCCCGGUUUGCCGGCAGUGCAGGGAGUUGAGGGUCGAAUGCAAAUACCCGGUAUCUUGGAGGGAACGUACGAAGGGGUUAUUGGAUAAGCUUGAGAUAAAAACGCAAGAAUAUGAGAAUUUACUGAAAGAAAUUGGGAAUAUUGUCGAUGGCCGGACUGCGGAGCGAAUCCGUAACACACUGGAUAAGUGGUCGGCGAGAGGCGAUAGUACAUCUAGCUCUCAAAGCAAUUCGCUCACCCCCCAGGAUGAAGACCAAGAGCUAGACGAUGUGAGCAGCAUGUCAUCGAUUGGGUCGUUGGAGGCAAUCGACCGCGUGGAGGAAGACUUGAAUCGAACGCCUAGUUCCAGGGCAACCGGCUAUAUGGGGAAGAAUUCCGAGAUCACCUGGAUGCAGCGACUACGAAAGGAGGCCGAGCAGCGAUCCCGCCGGCAACCAGGGGUGUUUGAAGCUGAUAAUGACGGCGAAUUCGCCUUGCAUGCAAUGAACUAUCACCUAGACGAUAUGGACGUCUCUAUCCCAGGUCCCGUGCAGGCUUACUGGAUGCCGCCACGACCGUUGGCCGACAAACUAUUCGAGGACUACCUGGACACCAUCCAUCCGUUUUUUCCUAUCAUCAGCCGUUCGCUCUUCCGCACCCAAUACAACAUUUUUUAUGAUAGUGCCGCCCGACCUGGAGACAAAUGGCUGGCUAUUCUGAACAUGAUCUUUGCCAUUGCUUCAAAACACGCCCAUCUUACGCAGGCCCCGUGGCGUGGCCAAGAAAAGGACCAUCUAGUGUAUUUGACUCGGGCUCGCAUUCUAAGUAUGGAUGGGAAUACCCUCUUUAGUCACCCUGAUCUACAACAAGUUCAGGUCGAAGGCCUGGUCGCUUUUUACCUGCUGGCAACGGAUCAGAUCAAUAGAGCUUGGAGAAUUGCAGCGUUGGCCGUUCGUUCGUCCAUCUCUCUUGGCCUUAACAUGAAGAACACGAGCCAAGGCACAGCGGCCAUAUCCAAAGAGGCGCGCUACAAGGUUUGGUGGUGUCUCUACACCUUUGAACACAUGCUUGGAAUUAUGACCGGUCGGGCCUCGUGCAUUUCUGAUGGGAUUUGUACAACGCCCCUACCCCUACCGUUCGAGGAGAAUGAAUUACGGGACCCGUCGGCGGCAAAACUUCUUGGUGAUCUUACCUUGCGACAGGAAUAUGUGGAUGCGGCUCUGGCAAGCUCCUGUGUACGACAAGUGCCGCUCAAUCCGCUUGGAGGAAGAGACGCUCGACACACCGACAAGGUUAGGGAUCUCACUUGGCUCAGAAGCCAGCCACCUAGUAGGGCCCUGAUAUUUCUCUUCUACGUUGACCUCGCGGUCAUUGUUCAAGAAAUCGUCAACAGAGUCUACUCCCUGGAUUCCACCAUGGUGCCCUGGAGCCACAUCGAGAACCGCAUGCGUGAGCUUCGAUCCCGGGUCGACCUUUGGCAAUCGAAUCUGCCCGAAGCGUUCGAUUUCACGCGUUUCGCGCAGAAGGACGACGAGGAUCUAGGCGUACUCCGUGGGAAACUCUUUUUAGCGUUCCAUUUCUACAGUGCACGGAUCACCCUAGGCCGUCCGUGUCUGUGCCGCCGCGACGCACGGCAGCAGGCACCCCACGAAAAGUCGACUUUCAGUCACGAUAUGGCGAUUGUCACCCUAGAGUCAGCUCAUAUGAUGCUUGGUUUGAUACCAGACACACCCGACGCUCUUCGACUCUAUAAGAUCUGUCCCUGGUGGUGCAUUUUGCACUAUCUCAUGCAGGCAGUAACGGUCCUUCUUCUCGAGCUUUCCUUUGGCUGCAUCCAUGCGCCGGGAGAUGAGGAAAGGAUUUUGCUCGCAUCAAAGAAGGGUGUCAGAUGGCUUUUCGCUAUGGCGCAGUUCAGUCUACCCUCGCGACGUGCUUGGGAACUCUGCAACGGCAACCUACGACGGAUCGCCAUAGGCAUGAACUACGAUCUGACGGAUAUGCCUUCGUCCGACGACGAACUCAAAUCCUACCGGGAAUCCGCUAAUAACGAGAAAGCCGACAUGAGCCAGGCUACCAUGCCUCCCCCGCAGAAUGUAAAUGCUUCUGCCUCGGGCGAGCAGCCAAUGAUUUCCGUGCCAUUCCAAGCACCAGUGGGAUACCCUCAGAAUCAACCACCUUCGACCGUGGAUCCAAGAGUUGCCAUGCCGCCUUCGAGCGCAUAUCUGUCCUCCGGAUCGGACAUCUACUUCCCGUACGAUCCCAUCAGCGGCGAAUUCAUCCGGUCAUUCUUCCCUGCUUCGAAUGACGAUGAGUCGUGGGACCAGUAA